AUGCUCAACCCAAGCAGUAAUCAGUAUUCCUCAGAGUUUCCCAUGGGGUAUCCCGCAGACACCAGGAUCAGAUUGAAACCGUCCACCUUGUGGGCACCACCACUCACGGUGUCCUCCGCCUUCUCAACUUCGAAAAGCUCUACUGCCGCUGCCGCUGUUGCAGGUAGUUCCGUCACCCCUGCGCUAACAAAGCAAUAG